AUGAAUGAUAAGGAUUUCGGUUGCCCUCUCUCCCUUUUGCCGCCGCCCAGCCAUUCAAUAAGCCAGCUUUGUCGGGCGUUCGCUAAGCCGCUUAUCUACGAUGGAGGAAACGGCGCGGAGGACGUCGACGGCGCGGCGUCGGCUCCCGGAGAUGCAACGAUGCCGUCCCCCAAAUCCGACAUCGGCGGGGAUUACCAGUCUCUUGUUCUUCUCGCGUAA